AUGAUUAAUGGAAGGAAGAAGAAAAGGAACAGAAGAAAAGGAUUCGAAACCAAACCCGAACUGCAUAAUUCAUCGUCAAAUUCGGUGCAAACUCAGAUGCAUAUGCGGGAAGCAAAGCCAUACAAGUGUACUCAUUGCAUCAAGUCUUUUGCCAACAGUUCCUACUUGUCGCAGCAUAUGCGGAUACACUUAGGAAUAAAACCGUUUGGUCCUUGCCAGUACUGCGGCAAAAAGUUUACUCAGUUGUCGCACUUGCAACAGCACAUACGUACACAUACCGGUGAAAAGCCCUAUAAGUGCAAAUUUCAAGGAUGCGAAAAAGCAUUCAGUCAGUUAUCUAAUUUACAGUCUCAUUCAAGGUGUCACCAAAGUGAUAAGCCAUUUAAAUGUAACAGCUGCUAUAAGUGUUUUACGGACGAGCAAGCACUUUUAGAGCAUAUUCCAAAGCAUAAGGAAUCGAAGCAUCUGAAGGUGCACAUCUGUCCUUACUGUGGCAAAUCAUAUACUCAGCAGACGUAUUUGGCAAAGCAUAUGACAAAGCACGCAGAUAGAAGAAAUUUGACCAAUUUUGUAGAAGGUCUAGAAGGUUUAGGAUGGAGAGCGGACCAUUCGGGUACAACUUCAAUGCCGGCGCACGCAAUUCCAGAUUUAGCCACAGUUACGCAGUCUCAGUUAGACUUUACGUCCGUAUUAACCGCAGCCACGAACUCCUCAGCUAGCAGUUCUACGACGGCAAAUUGUUCUUAUCCGAACGCAGCAGCGGCGAACUCAAUGAUGGUUAACGAGCGACAGUCAGCGUUCCAGCGCAAUAUGGCUGCAUUUAACUUAUCUAUGGGUUCGUCUCGACAGUUCUUCUUCAACGAUGCCUUCAAAACGGAUACACCGAGACCUACCGGGUUUAAUAUGAUAACGCCGUUGGAGAAAAUUCAGUGUUAUGCAACUCAACAAAGUUCAACAACAACGUCAGUACAGGAUCAACAUUUUCCGAAUCAGAUGCUCAACUAUAAGUAG